CUGCUCGUUACGGUAUCCAUCACGGACGCAUUUAUCUCCGCUCCACCUCACGUGACUGGGUACCACGCCGCUCCAGAAGGAGCUCUAUUCGCCUGGAUGUGGAUACAGUGGUGGCCCGUGAUUGGCUACCGGAAGCUGCCUGCUUUGCAUGAUAAAGGUGGCUAGUAACGGAGGGGCGUCCAGGUAUAAGGUGCAAGUUUCCACCUGUGGCCCCAGACAGCACCGCUCCAGUGCAUGGACCACGGAGAUGACACGAUCCGCUCCGACCGAUGGCUUCGAAUGAUAACCGUAAUGAGGAGAUUCCUGAAAAUCUCCAGCCUGGAGACCUGAUUGAAAUAUUUCGACCGGCCUAUCAACACUGGGCCCUGUACCUUGGUGAUGGCUAUGUCAUUAAUGUUGCUCCACUGGAGGAAACACCAGCUGCUUCUCUUUCAAGUGCCAAGUCUGUGUUUAGCAGGAAGGCCCUUGUAAAGAUGCAGCUCUUGAAAGAUGUGGUUGGAAAUGAUACUUACAAAGUAAACAAUAAAUAUGAUGAUAAGUACACCCCACUCCCACCUGAGGAAAUCAUCCAGCGGGCAGAGAUACUUAUCGGUCAAGAAAUAUGCUAUGACCUUCUGGGGAACAACUGUGAACAUUUUGUGACACUGCUUCGCUACGGAGAAGGAGUAUCUGAACAGGCAAAUAGAGCCAUCAGCGCCAUUGGAUUUGUAACGGCUGCCGCUGGGGCCUUUUCACUUCUUGGCAUAUUCCAAAACAAAUCCAGACAAGGACGCUAUUAACAGAGAACAGAAUAACAACCAGCACAAUAACUGCCUAAAUUAAACAGUGUGCACUCUUUACAUACAAUUUUAAUUUAUGAGAUUAUUUGUAAAUCACAAGACCUUGCUUAAUUUGUAUAUUUUCCAAAGCAAGAUAAACAAAAAAUAAUUUUGAUAAUGAAA